CUCUAUAAUAAUUAAACUCACAUAUUCUAUUUCAAUUAAAAGUUAUCUGCUAACAGAAAGAGACACACACUUGCCGCAUCCGUAUCAUAUUUGAAUUGAGCGCUCUUAAGUAAUGGUUGACAUUUUUCAGGGCUGCAAUUUCUCCGGCAACAAUGACAGUGUAUCUAAAUUAUUCACAACUUUUUCAAAAUAAGUUAUUUGAUCUUUCAGAAGUUGAAAAGCUGGUUUUAUGAGUAAACUAAUGAUAUUAUAUUUAAUCAAGUUUUAAUACUUCUCAUAAAAUUCGUGAGCUGUUCUUCCGAGGGGCAUUCGUGUCUGUUGGGUUGGCAGCAUUGUCAUACACAGAAAAUAGCCUGCAAUUAUUUCUGUCUUCAUCUUUCUGCUGCUUCUAAGUUUCGGUCGGAUUUAUCGCGAUGUAGAACAAAUUGUGAUGUUUAGCUCUUUGAAUUAGACAUUUUAUACGUUAAUUUGUGCCUUUUGUUAUACAAUUCAGUGCCAUACAGUGUCUUUAAUAUUAGCAAACAACCAAAGAAAGCUUUAGCGUACAACCUUGUAGAGUUUUUUAACCUAGGCCUUGAUCUAUAUCGAUUGCUCGCAAAAAGUUAUUCAUCUGGAUUUGCUGGCUCUAAAUAACUCAGGAUGGUCAUUGUAGUUCCUGUACCUCAACAUAAAAAGCAGCCUAGAAUUUGACACGUGUAACUCCAAAAACAUGAUGAAAAGUACAAAUCGACCACCGACAAUAAGAGAAAUUUUCACGAAAAGUGGUGUUAGAAGUUGUGAAUUCAGAUGAGAAAAGUUGUGUUUUAUUGAAGACCUGAUAGUGUAGGGCAUUAAAAUCAGGAAAGUGUGUGUAUUUUGUGAAUAAUUUUGGAUAAAAAAGUGAGACAGUGAUUUGAAAGUGGGAAGUGACUGCCUUUAAAUAUUUCUCAUCACCUGUUCUUGAUGGGUGAUGACAGGUGCGUUAAUCCUGCACAAAUGCUAGUUGCCGUGUCGACAUCCGAUCAGCUGUUCCAUUCCACCCGCAAUCAGCUGUUGAUGUUUGAGGUUAGGUUUGGUGGCGGUGACGUCAUCAACGAUGAGUGCUCUGGUGCAUGCGCAGAACAACACUGAACGAACAGCUGUGCCCAGUUCGCUUAGGGUUGGCACGAAGGUUACAAGAUACAGCAACUGUACAGUGGACCCAGGCCCCAGUCGAGUUGUGCAUUGUCCAGAUCUAAACGCUUGUCUUCUCAACCAACAGGAUCCGGGCAUUGAUUGUCAGGCGGUGCACUUUGGCUAUGCCAUUCCGGUGAGGGUAGUGCCGAUUGGAGGUGGUGGAGAGGAGGAGCAGGGGGUCAAUCGAUCAUCAGCUGAUGACCAGCUGGCUCAGCUGGUGUUGGACGCAGACUCCUCUGAUCAGCUGAGCAAAGAUACACUGGCAUAUCUGCUUCAGCGACAUCCACAGCUCAAGGUGAACAUGACAGACGCAGUGACAGCAGUUGAGGGAGGUGGUGGUGGAGGGGGAAGCGAUGUAGGUGUGGUGGGGGGUGGACAGGGAGGUGGUGGGGAAGAGGACAUAGCAGCCAUAGCCAAGCAGAUAUCCGACCACGCAGAGGCCAUCUAUCAGACGUGGAAGUCACGUGGUCUGGCACCCACCGAGAUACUCAACUGUCAUAGCGGUGGCGGUGUUAAUCGGUUCAAACCAGCUCUAACGCCUACCACAAAUCGUCACGUGAACCAAUCACAGCCGACCAAUAAGGGCGCGUCCCAGCCCGGCUGGAUUGGCUCCUCCUAUCAGAAUCACACGCCUUCCGACCAAUCAACGGCCACCGCUAAUAAAGGGCCAACAGUAACCAAGUCACCGGUGGUGGAAUUGCUCGCCUCGGACCAGACCAACAAGCUGGAACGCUUGGUCAGCAAUUUCGUGAGCGAGGACAGAGCUCGCCAAGCGGCCAACUCUCAAACUAAAACGCUGCCCAGUUCCAUUCAGUUUGCGUUGCAGAAGUUCGAGCGUAAAGCAGCAGCUGGAGGUAAUACCGGAGGCCUACAAUUGAAUCGGUCAACAGGCAACGGAGCAAACCGACCAACGCCCGUUGCAAAGCAACAGUUCCACAACCUUGCAACGCAACAGCAACCGUUGCACGGACUUGCAACGCAACAGCAGCAGAAGUACAGCGGUGGUGAUACGGUGGAAGUGAUCUAUCCCAGUGAGGAGAAAACGUCGCCUGGUGUCGUCACUAACACUUGGCCGUUGAAGAACAAGAUCCAAGAUGGUGGAAAGCGGAAUAGUGGGGGGUAUGCCGGUGGUGCGGCAAGGGGGGAAACUGGACCAAGAUCACCCUCCAGUCACAGACAUAGCAGUCAGGCUGAAUUUUUGGAUGAGGUUGCCAAAGAAGAGGAACGUCUCAUCAACGCCCUGAAAACAGGAAUGAUUAUAGCUGCUGAAGAACCACAGAGACGAAGCAAAACAUCAACACCAAUCUCUCCACCUUCUGCUGGUGUUGAUACUGUCGAUAGCAGCAGCAGUAUCGGUACUGCAUUUAGUAACUCAGCCCCAAACAGUUCCACAAAACGCCACCAGGUGUCCUCAGAUGUGGUGAAUGGUACUGAAUUUAGUAACUCGGCUACAAACAGUUCUGUGAAACGACAUCAGGUUGGGACGGAUGCGGUGAACAGUACUGCGUUUAGUAACAGCAACAGUACUGCGUUUAGUAGCUCAGGUGGUGGUAGUUCAGUGAAACGCCGCCAAGUGGCGCUGACGUCGGACAAUGUGAUAGCGCGGAGUGGUGGGGCGGGAGCGCCAAGUUUGAAUCCGGUGCGGCCGUUUUUGACGCGCGGUUCGGUCGCUGAAAGAGUGCUGAUUUUCGAAAAGUGUCCCACAGAACUGGGUCUGGAGAAACGCGUGAAACCGACUGUGCCUAGCUGGAAAACGACUACGCCUUCUGAUUUGCAGAACGCCAAAUUGCCGAAUUACUCUCGAGACUCGACGUCACCUCUGGUCACCGGAAGCGGUCACCACCACCAGACGCCGGCCCAAGAGAAACGCGCUGUCAGCAGUUUCCAGCAGCAGACGCAGGUCGCACGACAGCCGCAUACGACACUGCAACGACACGCCAAGGCCAACCGACAUCAGCUGCUUUUGCCCAGGUUCUAUUUCCCGCACGGUAAGCCGACCAACCAGCAACAGUUUGAGCAGAGCAUCGACAAUAUCAAGAAGGCCUUCCAGACUCUGCCCAACUGCCAUGCUACCCGGCAUGAUUUCGCCAUCAUUACUAAGGCUGCCGGUUGUCCAUUAUACUGGAAAGCUCCGUUGUUUAUAGCAUGCGGCGGAGAGAAGCUAGGACAUGUCGAGGUCAACACUUUCAUCGACUAUUGGAGAAGUGUUUGUUCAACAUGUCACGACGACGCAUCGCGGUUCAUGCGUGUGUUGAGCAGUCGCGGCGGUGGUGGUGGGGGUGGAGCAGGGGGUCGCUCCCACCUGUUCCCCGAGGACUUUAUGCCUCUGGUGCAGGAUGUGGUCGACACCCACCCGGGACUCACCUUCCUCAAGGAGGCCGCCGAGUUUCAUUCCAGAUACAUACACACGGUGAUUUCCCGUAUCUAUUACUGUGUGAACCAAUCCUGGAGCGGUCAGAUCUCUCUGUCGGAACUGCGACGGUCCGACCUGCUCAGGGUAAUCGAACUACUCGAAAGUGAAGAAGAUAUCAAUCAGGUGACACAGUACUUCAGCUACGAACACUUCUAUGUAAUCUACUGCAAAUUCUGGGAACUAGACCGGGAUCACGAUCUCUACAUUGAUAAGGACGAUUUGGCCAGGCAUAGUGAUCAUGAGUUCAAAGCCUUUUUACGCCGCGUCACUCAUCCCACACCAAAUCGUGUUUUAACGUCGCUAUCAACCCGCCUAAUCGGUCGUAUCUUCAGUGGCACAGUGACCAGAGGAGGAGGAGGGGCCAGGGGGCAUGCCCUGAACGGGGGUAAACAGGGAGGAGGAGGAGGAGGAGAGGCCAAGAUGAGCUACACAGAGUUUGUGUGGUUCCUUCUAGCUGAGGAGGAUAAGAUGCAUCCGCGUGCUAUUGAGUACUGGUUUAGGUGUAUGGAUCUGGAUGGAGACGGCUACCUGUCUAUGUAUGAGCUGGAGUAUUUCUAUGAUGAACAGUUGCAGCGCAUGGAGGCCAUUGGCAUUGAGUGUCUCCCUUUCGAAGACUGUCUCUGUCAGAUGUUGGACAUGAUCAGGCCUCAGGUGCCGGGUAAAAUUUCGUUGGCAGACCUGAAACGAUGCAAAAUGACGCCCAUCUUCUUUGAUACGUUCUUCAAUCUGGAGAAAUACCUUGAUCACGAGCAACGGGAUCCGUUUGCCUCGCAACGGGAUCACGAUACUGAGGAGUCUGAAGUGACGGAGCAGAUGUCAGAUUGGGACCGCUAUGCUGCUGAAGAGUAUGAACUGCUCGUGGCCGAAGAAGGGGGAAAUGAUAAUCACGAUGACAUUGGUGACGAAGCGGGCAUUUAGCCCGGAAAAUUGAAGGUGAAUACUUGUUUUCGAGGGAGAAGAGGCUGAGAACGAUGACGAAGAUGACGAUAUUCUUUCACCGAAUCUAGACGAGAUACUCAGUAGCCAGACGUUCCUCAAUAACAAUAACAGUUCCAACGGUUAUUUGCGCAAAAAACGUUUGAAAGCCGGUGCGGGAACGACAAUGCUGAACGAAAUAACCGGUGACACGGCGACCAGUAACGGUAACGGUGAAAGUAACAGUUGGUCCCAGUCACAGCCGUUUGUCACAGUUACUGACUUCGAUAACGAGGACGAUUCCAGUAGUGACUAUGCGGCUGACAGUGAUUGUUCCCUGUAACUGGAAGGUUUAUUGACAAUAUUGCAUGAAAAUGCAAUCUUCGGCUCCUAUACUAUCUGGAACGACUUGAUAAGUAUUCGUUAAAAGUCACCUGCAAUUAUCGUAUUCCAUGUGUGUAACUGGAACUGUUAUUUUCAACAGUUACUCGUGAAGCUCUCUAGUGACAAUGCCACAAAACAUUGUGCUUCGAAAUUCACAGCGAAUUAUCGUUAAAUGCUACUUUUGUGACAUUUUAUAGAAAAAGUGAUUCUGUGUUGCUGGAACUGUUACUUGACUGCAAACUGGCUGUAGGGCUUCAAAAGUUUUGGAAAAGUUACCUGUGAGUGUGACUUCUCCGUAACUGCUACUUCUUGAGGAUCAAUAAAUCGAUUGGAAUAUCCUGGAGCAGUUACUAGACUUCUAGGUAACUAAACUUUUUUGAGAUGCUCAUUUAUGAGACUCUAAACAAUGGUUCUUCAUUAAAAAUAUAAAAAAUAGUAAGGUGGAACUGAGACGGUAACGGUUAUUUUUGAAGUAACUGAUCGUGAUUAGAUCACAUUAUUUUGAACGUGAACUUUCCUAAGCAGUGACUUUUUUAUGAAAAUUGACAGAAUGCUCGGUAUAAUUCUGUCAUAAUGACUUAUUUGAAGCGUCGAUUUUUGUAGUCUACAUUGACACUCGACAUGAGAAUUAGGCCUAUUAAUUUUUGAACCCAAAGACAGUAUAUAGGCUAUAUAUAUUUGUAGUACAGUAACUUGUAUUCCGUCUUGCAUGUUCUAUAUACAUCACAUCAUAUUACAAAGCUACUAACCAAAUUUGAAGUACGGGGUUUUAGACAUAACUUGUAUGCUAUUUUGGUGUAAAGUUGUUUAGUUUUUGCUUUGAGACAAUAGCAAUUUUUGCUAAAAUAUUUUGCAAAUGUACCAGAAAUAAGUUUUAUAAUUAUGCUGGUUUCCGAAGCUUUGGGAUUUAUUAAAUAAAAUUUUAUGUAUUUGCUAGAUUUCAAGUCUAUAAGGUAGCCAUUAUACCUUUGAUGAAUGAAGGAUUUGUUUUGUAUUCUGAAAAUAAAUUUACUUUUGUUUUUGUUAUAAUUUCAAUUUUUAUCUUGAGUUAAUCUCCAUUAGAAGAAUAUUAUUUUUGGUUAUUGCCUAUAAAGCUUAGGAAACCUAUGUAUUUGAGCAAUGUACCUAUGUAUUAUAAAUUAUAAUAUGUAUAAAAUCAUAAUUAUGUAUACUCAGUACGUUUGUAUACAUAAGUAUGUUUAUGUAAGCGCACAUAAAUUAUUGACUGGAGUUGAAUAGUUUAGCUAUGUUCAAUUUACAUAAGUAUCAUUAACUCAUACUCUAUUGGUAAUUGUAUCAGCAUGGUCCUUCUAAAUCUUAAGAAGAAAUUUAUAAUUUUGAGUUGACCUAAUUUUUUAGAAAAAUCAUGAAAGGUAUUAAAUGUUAUCUUGAAAAGUUUUAUUCUGUUUUAGUUAUUUUGGACUCUAGUUCUUUGUAAAGUUUAUCUUCAGGAUUCACUUUUUUGUUGUAAAAAUGUAUAAUUUCGAAUUAGUACAAAUUAGUUUUUCUUCCUUGAGUUCCCUGCAAUCUCUUAUAGAUUAUAAAUUUAUUUUGGGUUAUUAUCAGUUUUAAUAUUAAGAUCAUUUUGAUCAAUGAAAAUCUAUAUAUUAUUUUAGGAAAGAGAUAAUCUUUUUGUUAAAGGGUAGAAAUGACUUCAAAUUUUUGUUGACAUGCCUCAGUUUACUUUCUUUCAUUUAUUGAUAAGAUCUUUGAUGAAAUACUUAUUAUUCAUGUAAUAAGUAUUUUUUUGGUAUUAGAAAUACUCAAUUAUUAUACUUGACAUUUUUUUUGGAGGAAAUUAUUUUAUUGACUUUUGAAAAUCAAUCAUCAUCAUCUCAUAUAAAAAAUCAUAUCAUAAUCACUAGGUUACCUAUUUAGUUUUCCAUGAAAUUAGACACAUUUAACAAUUAUUAAGUAAUAACAAAAUACCAAUUACUACAGUUAGACUUGUAUUAUGUAGAUAUAAUGUGCUAUAAUAAAUUUAGAACUUUUUUAUGGUAAUAUUUUCUUAAACGUGUGUGUAGGUGUAUAUGGAAAAAUUGCCUAGAACUUUAUUAUUUAAUUCCUACAAUGUACUAUUAAAUCUAUUGGGUUCAUCUAACUUCCUUAACAUGUGAGUAAAUGGGAAUAUUUAAAUGGGGAGACGAUAAAUUGCUCUAUUUUAGAGCGCUUGUUUUAGCUAGAGUCUAGAGCACUCCAACGCAAUACGUGUUUCUAUUUGGACAAAUUGAGUGAAUGUUGUGCUCUAUUUAUUUUGCUGAAUUUCUGUCUGCGGAAAUCUUUAAGAGUUUUUUUUAUUUUCCUCAAAGAAAGGUGCUAAUGUCUAUAAUAUUUUAGUUUGGAAAUUGUACUAUUAUUUUGAUCUGUUUAUCCGAAUCUUUAAAUAGUAUGUGAAACAGGGUUUGUUAUAUCUGAAAGAGGAUUAAAUUGCAGAUUAUUUGAAGCUCGAACAAUUUAUUGUAAAGUUUCAUGUUUAUACAGUAUCAAUUAAUCCUGAAUUUUUUAUAGUUUAUCAGUUUUUAACUUUUCUAAGAAUCAGAUUAUUACUCUUUUGAAAUGAAAGAAAUUCAUUUAAAUCAGUUAAAAUAAAUUUAUCAAUUCAUCAAAUUUUAAAUUGAUACCCUUUGCAGUUUCUCGAAUCUCACAAUAAAAUGUAUCUAAAAAAUUGUAAUAUUGGGAAUUUCAAUUGACAAAAAACUAGUCUUUAACCGUUUGUGUCUUAAGUGCCCCCAGUGUCAGGUUUUGCAUAAAUAAAUAAAUAAAUUACAUUAACUUUCUUUCCAGUAAUAAUAUAGUUUAUCACAGUAAUUUUCUUUUCAAAUUUCUACUGCAAAUUUAGGCCCAAUUACUCAACAGUACUUGAUUUAAAAUAUUGGCAUAAACCUAAAAAAUUAUGUUCACUAUUGACAUGAACAUAAACUGUUAAGCUGCGUUUACACCAAAAAGUUAUAAUAAAAUGUUAAUAACUUAAUCCUUAUAGAUUCUAUUAGAUUGAACAUAACUCAUCAUAGACAUGAUGAACAUAUGUGUUUGUCAAGUUCCGUUCAAUCUAAUAGAAUCUAUAAGGAUAAGGUUAUUAACAUUUUGUUAAUAACUUUGGUGUAAACGCAGCUUUUCACCACCAUAGAUGUAACAACCUUUUGUUAUCACAACUAUAUUAGAUCAUUUCACAUAGUAGAUGUGUUUUAGGUAUUAUAAUUAUGAUCCAUUCUCAUUGUGCCGGUUGUACAAAAGCCACUUAAAUUUUAAUUGUGAAUGAUUUCACGAGAACAGAUCAGAGAAGCCUUCUCGGAUUGGUUCUCAUGAAAUUAAUCAUUAUUAAAAUUUAGCGGCUUUUGUGCAACUGGGCCAUUGUCUCUUUUUAUUUGUAUGAAAUAUUUAGUUGACAAUAGUUAGGAAUUUGUUGUAAUAUUGACCAUAAACUACAAUAAUUAAUAUCAAGGCCCUUCUACAUUGAAACAAAUUUUUCACUACAAUUUGUUGGAAUAUAUCGUGAAUGGUUCAAAGUUUUACCGGUUGCACUGAACCCGGUUAAAUUUAAAGAUAACCAAUCAAAGAAGGCUUUCAAAAAGAAGGCUUCUCUGAUUGGUAAAAUCACGAUUAUAAUUUAACUGGCUUUUCUGCAACUGGCAUUUAGAAUAAAAACAGCUGAUAUGUACUAACAUGUCUCAAGGAUUUGUUGUGUACCGUAUAUCAUCUGUGCCUGGAAUUUCUUGUAAUGCUAUCAGCUGUUUUCAAGCUUCAGAUUGAAAACAGCUGAUUAGUAUUGCAACAUGUAUGAUGAAUUUGUUGCAAUGUAAAGAGGGGUCCUAAUUAUUGUGAAUAAUUUCACCACUCGCUUUACCUCUAGAGGUGGAUGUUGCUUGCAACACAUUCUUGCAACAUUUUUUUGCUUGCAUGCAACACAUUGGACAACAUUUUGUUGCUUUCAACACAUUGUCGCAACAUUUUGUUGCUUUCAACACAUUGUUGCAACAUUUUUUUGCUUGCAUGCAACACAUUGUUACAAAAUUUUAAUGCUUGCAACAUUUUUUUGCUUGCAACACAUUGUUACAUUUUGUUGCAUCAUUUCAAUGCUUGAAACACAUUGUUGCAAAAUUUUGUUGCUUGCAACACUUUGUUACAACAUUUUGCUGCUUGCAACACUUUGUUCCAAUGCAACACCGCCUCAAAACCUAACAACCUACCUUAAAAACCAUUGCUAGUCAUAUGAAGUACAGAAAAUAAAAUAUAUUAAUAUUCCAUAACACAAACCAAUUUAUAAUCUUCAUAUAAUUUCUAUAGAAAUAUUAAUUUAAGCCUCUAUGUUAUGAUAAUUAUUUAAGAAGUCGUCAACCUCAAUAAUACUUAUACAAUAUAUUAUUAUUUUAUCUUUGUUCUACGUCCAUUCUAUAUACAUAGGUAUAUAACUAUCACAUAUAUUAUUGGUGCUUCUAAAUAUGAAUUAGUUAGGUAUUAUAUUGGUGAAAUUCGAAAUUAUUUCAGAUGCAAGUUGUGUAUACAAGACAAAAAAUUGUAAUUUUGUUUGAGAUUACAUGUACCCUAACUCGUAUAAUUAUGUUGCAAGUAGCCUGUCCAAAUAUUUUUAAGAAGAAAAUAAUUGUAAUUUUUGUUAAUCUAUUUUGUAUUGUAGGUUAUAGGGCUUGCUUAUAAUAGUUUACUAUAGUGAGGUCCACGCUAUAAUGGCAGUGUUUGAUUAGCAGUGGUAUCCUUGUCUAUCAUUCAACAAAGCAGAUAGCGCCAUCUCUUUCUCGCUCUGCUCUGUUGCUAGAUCGUCUUUUGAUGUAGAAUUAAUAAUUAAUUAUCAAAAUAGUCCAUCUUAAUCAUUAAAAUGCAUUAUGAAAUUAUUGAAAAAUAUAAUUUAUUGCUUAAUGAAAUAUAAUUGAUUAUUCUAAACAAGAAUGAACAGUUAAUAAAUGUGUAUCAGCUACCGUUUAUAGAAGGCAUUGACAAGACAGAGGAUCGGCAACGUUGCUCUGCUAUCUUUCUCCUCUGCCAUUGUAACGUGGACCUCACUGUAGCUUCAAUAUUUUUGGGCCAGUUUUGGAUUUUCAGUGAUUCAUUGUCUCCAAGUCUACUUAUUUCAGUUGAUUCUGUUCAUUAUCUGAGUUUAUAUCUACUAAAUUGAGUAUAGUUUAUUCAUCUUAUAGUCAUUUUAUCAAUCUAAAAGUAAAAUCAUUAAUUUCUGACUCAUUUUUUCUAUUUUUUCUCAUUUGAAAGUCCAAAACUUGUAAUCCUAAAUAUUGAAGCCCGUCCAAAUGAAGCAAUUUAUUGACUAGAGUAUUCUUAGAACAGUCUAGCCAAGUUCAACUACAAAACUGGAAUAAUAUGGAGUUUUAUUUAUUGGAUACAAAAAGAAAUCUACGAUUUUGUAAUAAUCUUCACGAGUGUAGUUAUAAUACUAGACUGCUCUACUAGAUCACUCUAUGCAAUAAAAAAGCUACCAACUCGAAAACAACAAUUUUCAGCUUUAGAAAUUAACGCUACAGUGCACCAAAUUCUUAAAAUACAAUAAUUAAAAAAUGGAAUAAAUUUAAUUUGUUAACUUUUUGUGUGCUGCAUAACUUAGGCAAUACUGAGUGUUUUAUACCUAUAUUUAUAAAUUUUGAAGCAUAUAUUUAACACUGUAUACAUGGUAUUAUUAUAGGAUAUGAAAAUUUAUAUUAAUUGAAAGAUAAAUGUUGAUUUAUUUACUAAAAGUAUGUAUUAUUAGUUUAUGUUGAAGUUUUUUUUUGUGUUGAUGUUUGUAGCAAAUUUAUAUUAUAUAGAUUAGUUAGGUGUGGUGUCAUUGAGAAGUACAUUCUGUUGUUUUGAAAGUAAUAAUAAUAUUACAAGCUAGAAUAAUAAUUAAUAGUUAUUCUAUUAUUAAAAACAGAAUAAAUUGUUUUAACAUGUUUUAUACUAAAA